AUGGCACGGUAUCUCGGCCAAUCCUAUCUAGCUGGGGUGCAAGCGCUGAGUAGAAGCGUCGUGGUGCGCAGCUUUUUUCAAGAUUACUUCUUUUACACGUACGACAUGAGCUGCCGCCGUAACCUGCGGCAAAAGCCUCGAAUAUGUUACUAUGAACCCGAGGAGCCAAGUUUGGACGAGUAUAUAUUUUGCGAUGAGUGCGCCGACUUUGUAUACGAGUACUGCGCCAUUCACGGCCCGUUGCUCGUCGUUCCCGAUGACAAGGUCCCAUCCAAAAGUCCCUUCCCGCCUUAUGUUCCACGCGCCGCACUCACUAUUCCACACGUUUUCCUACACUUAGCACCAUCGAUAAUACCUGGCGCUGGUCUCGGAGUUUUCAGUACAUUGACGCUCCCUCGAGGAGUGCGCUUCGGUCCGUAUUGUGGAGUGCGCACUCAACAUGUGGAUUCCAUGUAUUGUUGGCAGAUAUACGAUCGUAACCAAAAACGUUCGCAUGUGGUGGACGCGGCAGACGCAAAUCGUUCUAACUGGAUGCGCUACGUCAACUGCGCUCGGAACUGGAAAGAGCAGAACUUACUAGCUUACCAAUAUCAAGGACAACUUUAUUAUAGGACGAUAAAAAUAAUUCCUCGUUUCACGGAACUUAUGGUUUUCUACGGGAGUGAGUUCGCGAACACACUGCGUAUCAACCUCAGCAAAUAUAACUCGCCGCCCGGAUACGCCCAGAAAUUCGGUUUGUAUUAA